AUGCCGCAGCGAGUGAGCGCCGUGACGCUGUUGCUGGACGACGAGGCGCACGAGGUGCUGCUCUGUCCCCAGACGCCCGUGGCGGAGCUCCUGCAGUGCAUCACGUCGGGCUUCUCGUCGCUCAGCCGCGACCGGUCGAAGACGCCCGUCGCUCUGCAGCACGUUUCCAGUCGCGUGUUUUAUCCGCUGUCGCUGCUCUGUCGCUGUCCCGAACUCUUUGAGAUCGACGCGUACCGCGUAGUGACUCGAGAGGCAGCACAGACUCGCAGCAGUCGUAACGUGCCGGGACGAAGGCGCGAGGCGCAGGCGGUUACGAAGACCCACGAACGACGCGCCGCGGCCGCCGCUGCGACUACUUUUGGUGCUGCUACUUCGGACCCUGAGCAGGCGAUUGAUUUUUCGGACUUCGAACUGUCGCAGCUCGUGAAUGUGUUUACGCAAUUUUGUCCUACGGGCGCAUUGGAUCGACGGGCGUUUGAGCGGUGCCUGGAAAAGAUCUUGGCGCAGUCGGGACGGUACGAUCCCCAGGCACGUGCUAUGUUUACGCGACUUUUCCGUCUCUUUGCGACGUCGGAGAGUUCACCGGACGAUGCAGUGGUCGACGUGGUCGAUUUGUUGGGUGCUGCGUCGGUUUUCGCGUCCGGAGAGCGCGACGAGAAGAUCCAAUUGACGUUUGAGCUCUACGACAUGGACAAGGACGGGUUUCUGUCGAAGGAAGAGAUGACUAGGUACUUGACGGCUGUUUUUCGGGUCAUAAGUCUCGCGUCGCCAGAGCUUUUACAACAGAACAAUAUGGAUCCAGCGGACAUGGCCAUUGUGACGGCGAAUCAGUGCUUUGCCGAGUCAACACUGAAUCACGAGGGUAGACUAUCGUUUGAGGCGUUCCGAGCAUGGUACUUGAAGCCUGGGCCUACACAGCUUGUUGCUGCUAGGUGCAGCAACAGCGGAUCGAACAAGAAGUGCGUGAAUGGCAUCCAGCUGUUGAAGGGUCUUGACCACGUCACACUUGGCGAGAUCACAGGUCUGUCGGCGCUGAGUGCAUCCGACGUUUUCUCAAUCUUUGGUGCGGCGUCGACUCAGUCCAAGCAUUGUUCGAAAAAAGUGCUUGCUCGUACCAAUUUCAAGCAAACCAUUUUUACCGUUCUAGAAAGCAUGGGCCGGAAAGCCACCCGUGAGGUCGACAAGUUUCUGGAUCGGCUUUACGACGCGUUUGAUGAAGACGGAAGCGAUUCUGUAGAUUACGUGGAGCUAAGUAGUGGACUUUCGGUGCUUUGCGGCGGCUUGACCGAAGACAAGGUGAUGGCUGCGUUUGUGCUUGUUGACACCGACGGUGACGGAUGCAUCACGCAGCCGGAAAUGGAAGCGUAUUUGACAUCCGUCUUUCGAGUCAUGUACGAGGCCUCGACAGCGAUGACGCAAGCGGUUGGGAUUGACGCAAAAACGCUCGCGCGCUUGACAACAAUGCAAGCAUUUGACGAAAUGGACAUGGAUCGUGAUGGAAAGCUGUCAUUGAAAGAACUCCGUUCUUGGUACGGGGCGGCUGGUCGGCCUUGCCAACCGCAUCUGACUAGCUCGCCAGCAGAUUCUCAGCAGCAGCCUGUGGUGCAUGACACCCACGCGGUUGGAACAGCUAGUUUCGUUGCCUCUCUUACAGGUUUGUGCGACCGGGCUCCCAGCGACGUGUUUGAAGUGAUUGCUGCGAAGGUGAACGAAGAUGGCGUCUUGUCGCGCGAGUCGUUCUUUUCUAUUGUUGAUGAGCUUGUUGAGGAUCAUGCGGCACGGGUCAAGCGCAAGCCGAGUGUUGGGGAAAGGGACCAACUGCAGCGAAUUAUUGAGAACGUCUUCGACGGGUUUGAUACCGAUCACGACGGUUUUGUCGACUUUUGCGAAUUGUCGAGUGGCAUUUCGGUAUUGUGCAGUGGGUCGCAGGAAGAGAAAAUUAAGGCUGCGUUCACUUUGUUUGAUGUCAAUCAUGACGGAUGCAUAUCACGCGAUGAAAUGGAAACAUAUCUGGCGUCGGUGUAUCGGAUAGUAUUUAUGAUGUCACCUACCAUAUCGCAGCAGCUUCAUGUCAUUUCUCCAGAAGAGCUUGCACGAAUCACUACGGCAGAUGCAUUCACAUUUGCUGAUGCGAAUGAAGACGACAGCCUGAGCUUUGACGAAUUCACGAAAUGGUAUAGCACUCAAAGCGGGUCUCUGAUAUCGAUGCACCCGCACCAAGAAGCAACGCUUCUAGCCGUUGGCGACAUUGUGCCGCCUCCUCAAGCUUCUCUAGUGCGUUCAAGAGGGGGGCUCAACGAAAUGAAGGAACUUACAAACCUUGGCAAGUACGACGGAAAAGACGUUUUUGAGCUCUUCCAAGCUUCUGCUGAUGCAGAAGGUAACAUAUCGCAGCCAGUUUAUUUCCGUUGCUUUAACAAACUGCUAGCAAGUGACAAGCAAGUGAGUCGAGAUGCACAAGUUAAGACACAGCAGCUACUCGAAGAACUCUUUGAGCUCUUCGACGUCGAUAAGAAUGGAGUUGUCGACGUUCAGGAGCUGGGUGCUGGACUGUCGAUUCUUUGUGGUGGAAAUCGAGCAGAAAAAACCAAAGCCAUGUUCACGCUGUACGAUGUCAACCACGACGGCUACGUAUCCCCCGAUGAAAUGACAUCGUACUUGACAUCGAUCUUUAAGAUCAUGUAUAAAGCAUCCCCAGAGCUCGAAACGAAAACAGGAAUGAUGCCGGAUCAGCUCGCAAGUGUGACUACAAGGGAAUGCUUUGGGGCUUUCGACCACAAUCGUGAUGGGCGAUUGAGUCUCGACGAGUUCAGCGCAUGGUUUGAACAGCAAAACCUGCACGUUCAAAACCAGCACGUACGUUUUCCGAACGGCAGCAGCAACGCACUCCUGGUUCGACCUGCUCAGUCGUCAAUGUUGGACUUAAGCAAUGGGCUUACAGCUAGUAUAGUUCCACUUGAGUUUGCAAAGAAGCUGUCCGGUCUAGGAGACGUGUCUUUGGACGAUGUGUCUACGAUUUUCGCCUCGGCAAUUGAUGGCGGUAAACGAGUCUCGCGACGUAUCUUUGACGAGUGUUUUUAUGAACGCAUAUGCAAAAAGCACGUGCCGAUGCUAUCCGCAGGUGAUCAUACUCAAUUGCAUGGAGUGAUGGAUCGAAUCUUUUCUUCGUUUGACAUCGAGCGAAAAGGGGUUGUUGACUUCAUCGAGCUAAUGGGUGGGCUGUCCAUUCUCUGUGGUGCUUCUUCUCGGGAUGAAAACGUUUUGGCCGCGCUUAAACUCUAUGACGUGAGUGGAGACGGCGUGGUAUCCAUAGAUGAAAUGACCCAUUACCUCGGGUCAGUAUUCAAGUUGCUCUAUGGCCUUGACCCUGCUUGCCGCCAGCUGCUUGUCUCUUCAACUGAUGCUUUGGCAGCAGCGACAGCAGGCCACACUUUUGGAGCUGCAGGAGUGGACCACGAUGGAAGACUUAGCUUGGGCGAGUUCCAGAAGUGGUAUGCCAAACUCGAACAGGUAUCUUUUACCAACAUCGUGGCUCCUCUUGAUUUGCAGGAAGUGCGACAGUUGACAAAUUUGGGAAACCUAGACGUCGGUGAGGUAUUUGAACGUCUUGCGGAACAUGCAAACAACGAUGGUAUGCUUACUCGUACAGACUUCGACAAUUGCUUUUCUGAAGUCAUUGAGAUGGCUCACCUGCAGACACAGAUAGAGAAGGUGCGCGCAAAGAUGGUAGCAGAUCGUCUGUAUGACGUAUUUGAAUGCGAAGAGAAUGGACAAGUCGACUUUAGCGAGCUGGCUAGUGGUCUUUCUGUUCUUUGCAAAGGAGCGCGGGAUGCUAGGGUCAAGGCUGCGUUUCGCUUGUAUGAUUUUAACGCCGAUGGGUUUAUAUCGAAAGAGGACACAAAGCGGUUUUUCACGUCAAUUUUCAAGGUGAUGUACGAAGUGCAAACUGAAAUGCGGCAGGAAACUGGCAUGUCGGCUGAGCAACUUGGUGCUGUGACGGCAGAACAGGCGUUUUUGGAAGCAGACAUGGACCGUGACGGCAAACUUAGUUACGAUGAGUUUUUGACUUGGUAUAACUCUCCGGCACAAGCUAGAAUCGGUAGCGCCGUGUCUAAUGAUGCUGUCGUGAACCCGUUACUACGCUGGAUACCACUAGAUGAAGUGAGGCGGCUUACAAAUUUCGCUCAGUACAAGCCCGACGAGGUAUUUGAGAUUUUUGCAGAAGAAGCGGAUGAAAGCGGCUUGUUGUCGCGGGACGCUUUUAACAAAAGCUUUUGUAAGGUGUCUAAUGGAUGCUCAUCUAAGGCGGAGGGGGUGUCUGAUCUUGAAAACCAGAAGAAGUUACACGAGAUCAUGAAUGGUCUCUUCGAUCUGUUUGAUCAUUCUAACAGCGAGGCUGUGGACUUUGGAGAGCUUGCCAGCGGGUUGUCUGUGUUAUGUGGCGGUACGAAGGAUCAAAAAGUGGAAGCAGCUUUCUGUCUGUUUGACUACAAUGGUGAUGGAUACAUAUCGCUAGAAGAGAUGACGCGGUACCUCACGUCAGUCUUUCGCGUGCUGUUCCAAGUAUCGCUAGACGCUCGAUCUCUCGGCGUUACUCCUGAAGAGUUGGGAGAAGUUACGGCCCAGCAGGCCUUCGCAGAAGCUGAUCGAGAUCACGACGGACAGUUGACACUGAAGGAGUUUAAGAGUUGGUAUCAGCAGCCAAGUGGGAUCGGCGAAGUUGCAAAAAGUGGAAAACAGUUAUUUAGCUUGACCGAAGCUUCGCGACAAACGAACCCGCAAGACGUGUUGCCGGUGGAAGUGUCUGGAUCCGUCGCUGCCUACGUUGACGAGCAGGGCUACGUAUCACGAGAGGCAUUUGGUGAGUGGUUCCGAAUUACUGUGUCAACGAGCCAAGAUAUAAAGUCAGAAGAGCACCAACACAUUGAUCUCAUUCUGGGCCGCCUAUUCGAGCUCUUUGAUGUCGACAAGAACGGUAUAGUGAACUUCAGCGAGAUCUCGAGCGGGCUAUCAGUGUUGUAUGGCUGGCCAUCCGAGGAAAAGACCCGUGCUGCAUUCGCUUUGGUUGACUAUAACGCUGAUGGAUACAUCUCGAUGGAGGAAAUGACGAGGUAUCUUGCCUCUGUCUUUCGGGUGUUGAAAGAGGCUUCUCCUGCUGUGUUGGAUCACUUUGAUUGCGAGUCCCCGGAGGAGCUAGGCGUGCGUACCGCGCGGCAGGCGUUUAUAGAAGCUGACUUGGAUCUUGACGGCCGUUUGAGUUUUCCUGAGUUCCGUAAGUGGUAUACUUACUCUAACGCUGCGACUGUGGAUCGUCUGAUUCAGAAUAAUGUCCCCAGUCGGCUGUUGCUGUGUGAGGUACGACACCUGACAAGAUCGGGUUUGCUAUCAAAGGAGCACCUGCUGGGUACGUUUGCCAAGUUUGUACCUGCAGAAGGCGCCAUUGAUUGCGAAACAGUUAUACAGGCGUUCAAUCACUUCCGAAUCGGGCGCGAGACAGAUGACUCGGUAGGUAGGCUGCGAUUUCUGGUUGAGCGAAUUUUUGCUCAAUUUGACAGAGACAAUGAUGGGCUGGUGGACGCUAGGGAAUUGGCUAGUGGACUGUCAGCACUUUUCGGCGAAAGUUGGACGGAAAAGAUCCGCGCUGGUUUUGACUUGUAUGACAUGAAUUAUGACGGGCGUAUAUCGCUUGGUGAGAUGCGUUUCUGUCUCACAUUGGUUUUCAAAGUGCUUUUUGAGCUAAAGGCGGAUAAUGAGACACAAAUGGACGUGACACCUGAGGAACUGGGUGAAAUCACAGCAGAGCAGGUUUUUGCUGAAGCAGACCUGGACAAGGAUGGUAGUCUUGCUUUCAUCGAAUUCAGCCAGUGGUGCUUGCACACGAAAACAGCGGAAAACAUGACUGUAAAUGCUGCAUUCGACGACCAAGAAGAGCAGCAGCGAAUUCGAAAUGUCCAGCACAACCGGGUCAAUGACUGGGUAAACCUGGACGUAGUGAAGCAGAUGACGAAUCUGGAAAAGUUUACGGCUGACGAGGUGUUUGAGAUUCUUGCAAAUCGUUGUUCUGAUGAUGGGACGCUUUCGCGAGAGGUUUUCGAGGAGUGUUUCGAGCAGCUAGUGGACGAGCAGUACAAGAAUGAUGAGACGAACUUAGCACGCUUGCGACUUAUCCUCAAUCGGUUAUUUAUCAUAUUCGACGAAGGCAACAACGGCACAGUCAAUGUCUGCGAGCUGGGUAGUGGCCUGUCAGUUCUUUGUCGUGGCUCGCGGGAGGAAAAGGUGCGAGCUGCAUUUUCACUUCUAGGUCUUGACCAAGACGGGUUCGUUUUGCUGGACGAAGUGGUACGUUACCUGGCGAGUGUCUUCAAGGUGCUGUACGAGACCAACCCCGGGACGUACGGAAAGCUUGGGUAUCAGCCAGGGGAGCUGGCCACAAUCACUGCUAAACAGUGCUUCUUGAUAGCGGAUCUUGACGAAACCGGAAGAAUGGAGUUUGACAAUUUUGUGGCUUGGUACAACACAAUGCUUGGAUUUGAAGCACCUAUGGCAGACGUGGGUAGGAGCUUUCUUGUCCAACAACUAGACAAACAACAAGGGGCGAACGGUGACACGAGCGAGAGUCAGGAUGAUGAUGGCUUGCGUACACGCCAGCAUGGUAUAAGUGAUAGCCGUCACACUGGGCCACCCUCCGAGUCACUAGGAGGAACUGUGUCGAGUGCUGGUGGUAAAGAGUGUGGCUCGAGCAGUAUCAGCGCUGCACCUGCCAGCUUCCUGUCCGAUAAGAUUUGCGGCAUGAGAGGGCUAAACGGCAAUGCGCUCCUAUCCCCAAAGUCAUCGUCUACGUUGAGCAUGAACAGCUCUAACAUGGAGCAUGUCCGACACCUUUUGAAGCUGGACACGUAUGAGGUGAAUGACGUGCUCGAAAUAUUUGCUGAAGCUUCACCAUCCGGUGAGUUGACGUUUGAAGCAUUCAAGAAGUGCUUCGACCAGAUCAUUCGGCUGGCGGGAGGGCACGAGGCACCAGAAGAACGCCACGAAGCCGAUGCAAUGGUUCGUCGACUCUUUCGCGUGUUUGAUUCCGAUAACAAGAACACAGUCGAUUUUGGUGUGCUCGCCAGCGGUCUCUCGGUGUUGUCAGGAUCCAGCAUGGAUGAAAAGCUUCGAGCAGCGUUCCAGCUGCACGACAUCAGUGGAAACGGGUACAUCACCCAGCAAGAAAUGGUAAACUACAUGACGUCGAUCUUCAAAGUAAUGUAUGAGACAACUGAUAGCGCGAAGACCAAGAUGGGCGUGUCACCUGAAGAACUUGCCCGUGCAACCGCCGAGCAGUGCUUCGGGCAGGCGGAAAUAAGCGGAGACAAGAAGCUCAGUUUUGAAGAGUUUAAGAAGGUAUGA